AUGCCAGGAAAGACCAAGUCGCGCUGCGCCGACGCCGAGGAGGUGGCCGACACCACCAUGGAGGACGCUCCCACGUCUGCACAGCAGCCCAGCGAUGGCAUGCAGGAAGACCAGUCGGGGAACAAUGAGGAAGAAGACGAAAAAGACGAGGAGGAGGUCGAGCCCCAGCGGGUCAGGAUCCUGCCAGGAUCCUCUAACACUGCCGCUUCCUUUGAGUUCCUGAAGGAAGGCCACACGAUGGGAAACGCAUUGCGAUAUAUCAUCAUGAAGAAUCCUGAUGUCGAGUUCUGCGCCUACACCAUCCCGCAUCCUUCGGAGGACAAGAUGAACAUCAGAAUCCAGACUUACGACACGACAACUGCUAGUGCUGCGCUGGCAAAGGGCUUGCAGGAUCUUGAAGACCUCUGCGAUGUGGUUACUGAUGAGUUCUGGACCAAACGUCAUGAUUUCAUGGCAUCGAAAUAG